AUGGCGGCGACCAAGGUUAUUCUUACCGGUGUUAAUGGAUACAUUGGGAGUCAUAUCCUGGAGGUGCUCCUGGCUCAUGGCCUAUCCGUCCGAGGCAUAGUGCGUUCAGAGCAGACGGCAGACCGGGUAAGAGGUGAUUUUCCCAACGCGGGGGAUCGCUUAGACUUCACCAUUGUUCCCGACAUCACGAAACCUGGAGCAUAUGACGAGGCACUACAAUCAGACCCAUCAAUCCGCUACAUCAUCCACACCGCUAGUCCUCUGAACUACUCGAGUGGGAAAUCGGUGGCGGACUUCGUCCAGCCAGCCGUGCAAGGUACGCGGGAGAUGCUCAACGCGACAGCUCGGCAUGGAAAAAAUAUCCAGCGGGUUGUCAUCACCGGCAGCUUCUCUGCAAUUGGGAACCCGAAGGAUAUGCAGGGCAAUGGGAAAGUGUACACCUCACGCGACUGGAAUCCAGUCACGGCGGAAGAGGUCAAUGCGGAAAACCCCCGGUUGGCAUACUGGUUUAGCAAAACGCUUGCCGAAAGAGCAGCAUGGGAUUUUAUGAAAACGGCCUCUAGAGGCUUCGAUUUGGUCUUUCUCAAUCCUCCAAUGGUUCAUGGACCCCUGCGCCAUUCUGUUGAAUCGAUCGAUGAUUUGAACGUGACCACUGCUAACAUCUGGAAUGGCUUUCUCAACGGAACAGCAGAAAUCCCUCUCCCUGCAGAGUGGGUGCAUGCCGAUAUUGAUGUCCGGGAUCUUGCCAAGGCACAUUAUAAAGCUAUGUUCGCAGAAUCGGCAUCGAAUAAACGCUAUCUGGUGACGCGGGGACGUAUCUGCAACCAAGAGAUUUCGGAUCUUCUCUACGAGGCUCUUCCGGAAGCCAGACAUAGGAUCCCACGUGGGCAGCCUGGAACUAGUUCCCUCCCUAAGAAUGCGUUUGAUGUCGACGGAUCAGAAGCUGUUAAGGAUCUGGGGUUGAAGUUCCGCCCCGCUAAGGAUACGUUUCGAGACCUGGGUAGGCAGUUGUUAGAUAUUGAAGCGAGGUCUAUUUCUUAA